AAUGGGGGAGAACUCUUCUUCACUUUGUCCAGGCUGGGCUACCAAAGCCAUGGCGUCACUGAGGGCCCUGCUUGUCUUGACUGGUUUGGUGCUGCUGAGUGGUCAUUGCAGAGCAGGGUUCUAUGGACGAGAGUUCAUCACUGCUCUCAUGGAAAAUUAUGAUCCCAGAUACGCCCCACCGGAAAACUUCCAGCUGUUCAUCAACGGCGACCAUAGUUCUACCAGAGUCAAUGUGAAAAUGAACAAAUCUCCACAGUGGAGAAGUUAUUCAGUUACAAAGGGGCGAAUGUUGUCUGUGGAGAUCCCAGAGUCUGCAGAAAUGAAAGGCAGCAACACAUUUGACCACUCCAUUCUGAUCCAAGCAGAAAAUGACAUUUCUGUUGUCUUAGUGUAUAGAAAGUUGUAUUCUGUGGGAACCAUGACAGUGUACCCAGCCCAAGAGCUUGGGAUGGAAUAUUAUGUGGUAACCCCAUCUGGGAGCGAAUCAACACAUUACUUAAAAGAAUUUGCAGUAAUAGCCUGGCAAGUUCCUACAACAGUUGAUAUUUAUUUGAAAGCCGAUGUUACAUUCAAUGGCAGGUCACAUCCUGCAGGGAGCAUACUCCGUGUUUCCCUCGAGGCUCUACAGGUCAUCCAACUUCAGAGCUUAGGUGAUCUGUCUGGGACCAUGAUACGAUCGGUGAAUCCCGUGGCAGUCUUGAGCGGGCACGUCUGUGCUCUUGAAACCUCAUACUGUGAUCAUGUUGUUGAACAGCUACUGCCAGUUUCCAGCUGGGGCACUUCAUUCAUUGUCCCCCCGGUCUUCUUCCAAACUGAUCCAGACAUCGCAUAUGUAGUUGCCGCCCAGAAUACUCGUAUUGAGUAUCAGCAGGGGACUGAAAAAAGAUCUCAUGAGAACAUGGUGGCUGGGGAAGUCAGGCAGUUUUACAUCAAUUUCCCUCAUGCACUGUACAUCUCUGCCAAUGCUGGAAUCCAGGUCCUUCUCUUCUUCGCUGGCAUCGAGACCAGAAGGAAGACCUUUGAUCCAUUCCUCAUCAACAUCCCCGCCAUAACCAGCUAUGGACAGUCUUAUCACAUUGAUGGGAUAAGCGACUUUGAGAACAGUGCUGUUCUCAUAGCAAAAACACCAGAAACAGUCAGCAUUACUAGAGAUAAGCAGCCUAUCCGUGGCAUUCAGUGGACACCAGUUACUGGGACGCUUUAUUCAUGGGGCACAUACAACUUGGAAGCAGGAGCCCAGUCUCUGUCCUUAGAGCAUCCUGAAACUCCCUUCGGUGUUUUGGUCUUUGGUGGCAGAAAGUUUGAAGGCUAUGGUUUUGCUCCCCCACCUCUGUCCUUAUCAGAGCCUAAACCAACCUCAAUGCCCUGCCCUGAGAACAGCCACUAUGAGAUUUGUGGAAACGGUUGCCCGGCUACCUGUUCUGACCGGAUGGCUCCCCUCACAUGUGAAGAUAUUUGUAAAGAGAUCUGCCAGUGCAAUGAAGGCUAUGUCCGAGAUGGUGAUCAAUGUGUCCCCAUGGACACCUGCAACUGCAUCCACAAUGGCAUCACCUACAGUCCAGGGGAGGAGUUCUGGGCGGAUGAGGGCUGUCAUUCUCGCUGCAAGUGUGACCCGAAGCUCGGCAGGGCUGCAUGUCUUAAGUCUUCCUGCAAGGCUGACCAGAAAUGUACUGUGGUCAAUGGAGUCCGGGACUGUCGUGCCUCCCGCCACUUCACCUGCAUAGGAAGUGGAGAUCCUCACUACACCUCCUUUGAUGGGAAGAAAUUUGAUUUCAUGGGAACCUGUGUUUAUCAGAUGGCCAGUGUCUGCUCUAAAGACCCCAGCCUCACCCCAUUUUUGGUCACUGUGGAGAAUAACAACCGAGGCAGUAAAGCAGUGUCCUACACCAAAGUGGUGACUCUGGAGGUUUACAACAUGACCAUCAGCCUGAGCCAAGAAUAUCCACGCAAGAUUCAGGUCAAUGGAGUCUUUGUAGACCUCCCUUUCUUCUAUGAUAAUAAACUGAAGGUCUACAUCAGUGGAGUGCAUGGCUUCAUCCAAACAGACUUUGAUCUGAGAGUCAGCUUUGACUGGUACAGCUAUGCCAGGGUCAUCAUACCUAACACGUAUGCCAAUUCUAUCUGUGGACUCUGUGGCAAUGCCAAUCAGGAUCCCAGCGAUGACUUCACCAUGAAGGAUGGAAUUCAAACAGUCGAUGAAAUCCAGUUUGCAGAGAGCUGGAAAGUGAGGGAUGUCCCAGGGUGCUCAGCGGGAUGUACCAAUAACUGCCAAGUGUGCGGGGAGGUAGAGAAACAACCCUACAAAACUAACAAGUAUUGUGGGGUCCUCAUUCAAAAAGAUGGACCAUUUGGGCAGUGCCAUGAAGCCAUUGACCCAGCUUCCUUCUUUGACGACUGCGUCUUUGACACCUGUCUGUACAAGGGUCACCACGACACUCUCUGUAGCGCUAUCAGUGCCUACGCAACAGCUUGCCAAGCUCAGGAUAUCCAGGUUGGGCCAUGGAGAUUGGCUUCCUUCUGCAGCCUUCCCUGUCCACAUAAUUCUCAUUAUGAACUCUGUGGAAAUGGCUGCCCUGAAACCUGCAGCAGCCUUUUUACUACAACAACAUGUGAAUCUCCUUGCACCGAAGGAUGUUUUUGUGAUUCUGGAUUCGUUCUCAGUGGAGACCAGUGUGUCCCUCUUGCAGAGUGCGGCUGUGUGUACCAUGGCAGAUACUACAAGAGGGGAGAUGAAUUUUACCCUGGCAGUUCUUGCCGUGCAAAAUGUCGCUGCACGCACCAUGGAGAUGUUGAGUGUGAAAAGUUCUCCUGUGGGUCGCAUGAGGAAUGCAGGGUGGAAAAUGGCAUCCAAGGCUGCCAUCCAGUGGGAUACGGAACAACUAUAGCAUCUGGCGACCCUCAUUAUAUUUCCUUUGAUGGACAAAAUUUCAGUUUCCAUGGCUCCUGCACUUACACCUUAGCCAAAGUGUGCACUGAGAAUCCUCAGCUAGAGCGCUUCUCAGUACUGGUGGAGAAUGAGGAGUCCAACGAUGGUCCAGCAGUUCUCAUAAGGAGUGUUGUGGUUUCCAUUCAUGGAUAUACUGUUGUCCUUGAAAGAGGAAUGAAGUGGAAGGCGAUGGUGGAUGGAGAGCUACACACACUGCCAAUAAAUAAGGAUGAUGGGAAACUCUGGAUUACCCAGGAGGGGAACAAUAUCAUUAUGCAGUCCUCCUUUGGCUUCACAAUCCUUUAUGACACACUCUCUUAUGUCCGUGUGUCUGUCCCCAGCACCUACCAUGGACACAUGUGUGGCCUGGGUGGUAACUUCAAUGGAGACAAGAGUGAUGAUUUCAUGCUCCCUAAUGGAGAAGUUACUCAAGAUACAGUUGAGUUUGGGGCCUCUUGGAAGAUCCCCAUAGAUGGUGUCAGCUGCUCUGAUGACUGUAGGGAGAAAUGCCCUACCUGUGAUGCUGCCAAGACAGCACCGUACAAGUCUGAACACUCUUGUGGCAUCAUUCUGUCUAAGACGGGCCCAUUCAGAGACUGUCACCGAUUGGAGAGCCCAAAUCAUUACUCUGAGCAUUGCCUGUAUGACAUGUGUGCUGCCAAUGGAGCUCAAGAAUCCCUCUGUCAGAGCAUCCAGGCCUAUGCUGCUGCGUGCCAGGCAGCUGGUGCCAAAGUUGGAGCCUGGAGAACAGAUGGUUUCUGUCCUCUCACCUGUCCUGCCAACAGCCACUAUGAGGCAUGCACCACAACUUGUGAUUCCACCUGUGCCAGCUUGUCCACUGCACCCCAGUGCACAAGGAAAUGUUUUGAAGGCUGCCAGUGCAAUGACGGCUAUGCAUUUGAUGGGGACAUGUGUGUGCCUUUGGACAGGUGUGGCUGUGUGCACAAUGGGAUCUACUUCAAGGUGGGAGAGAGCCUCUUCUCAAGAAACUGCACAGAGAAAUGUACCUGCACUGCCUCCAGCCUGAUCACCUGUGAGGACACCAUGUGCCCUGAUGAGCUGUCCUGCGCACUUAAGGAUGGCGUGUGGGGCUGUGUGACACGGGAAGGCCAGUGCAAGCUCACCCCGGGAGCCCAGCUCACCUCUUUUGAUGGUGUCUCGGCACAGUACAGCUGCCCUGGUGUUUAUGAUCUGGUCUCUGUUUGUGAUGAAGGCGCCCCCUCCUGGUUCAGAGUGUCAGUGCGCAUUGAGGAGGAGGAGGAGGAGGAGGAAGAGAGUUUAAUAGCUGGGAAGACUGUCUAUGUCCACUUCCAAGAGGCAUCUGUCAUAGUGAAAAAGAACAGAGGGACAUGGGUCAAUGGGCGCUUAGUAAGACUGCCAUACAAGAUCUCCAAAGCUGUCUCUGUGAGCAAGGUUCACGAUGGCAUCUUGAUCGACCAGGCCUCUCAGAUGCAGGUUCACCUCCACCGUGAUGGAGGAGUGACAGUGAAAGUCAAGGACAAUUUGGCAGGGAAAUUAUGUGCCCCCUGUGGAAACUUCAAUGCAGAUGCUACUGAUGACUUGAGGGCACCCAAUGGAGAAGUGAAGAAGAAUAUUGCUGAGGUCCUCCGUGCUUGGAAGGCAAAAGACGUCUCUCCUUAGUCACAAUCCCGUCUUUGAGGGUGGCUACCAUUGUAUGCAAUGAAAAGUGGAGAAUGCCCUUGAAGAACUGAAGCGAAAAGUAACUGAAUCCAUCAAUUUGUCAUGCUGCUAGCCAAUAGCCUUCUAAUGAAAUCCAUAACUUUGCCACACUUUAUCGGAAUGUUCUAGAAAAGAUCAUCAAGGCAGCACCAUCUCACAGAGUGCAAUGAAAGAUGACAGAAGCCUCUGAAUGACGGACAUCUGAUAUGAGCAGCUGAUAACUUUUUUCUUUUGCAUUUGGUGCCUUCCUUGGACCUCAGUGAGCAUCCAUUUUGUUUUUGAACAAACAAUGCACUGCUACCUAUAAGCAACAGACACUGUAUUUAAAUAAGCAGUAGACAUUUUUUUUUAAAAAAUCUAUCUAAACUGGCUGUAAAGAAAGAAAUCUUAGUUGACUAUGUGUAACAUCAGAGAACAAACAUGAAAACACACAUGAAGCUGCCUUAUACUGAAUCAACCCAUUGGUCCACACAGACUGGCAGCAGCUAUCCAGGGUGUCAGGCAGAGGUCUUUCACACUACUAAUGAGGGCUUUUUUUGUAGAAAAAAAGCCCAGCAGGAGCUCAUUUGCAUAUUUGACCACACCCCUGAUAUCACAAUGCCGGUUAAGUGCCCGGACUCUUAUCUGGGAGAACUGGGUUUGAUUCCCCACUCCUCCACUUGCAGCUGCUGGAAUGGUCUUGGGUCAGCCUUAGCUUUCGUAGGAGUUGUCCUUGAAAGGGCAGCUGCUGUAAGAACUCUCUCAGCCCCACCUACCUCACAGGGUGUUUGUUGUGUGUGGGGGGGAAGGUAAAGGGGAUUGUGACCGCUCUGAGACUCUGAGAUUCAGAGUAUAAGGUGGGAUAUAAAUCCAAUAUCAUUGUUUCACACAGGGCUUUUUUGUGGAAAAAGCCCAGCAGGAACUCAUUUGCAUGUUAGGCCACAUCCCUGAUACCAAGCCAGCUGGAGCUGCAUUCCUGCCCCCCCCAAAGCCCCGCUACUAACUAUUCUGUUAACAGGAGAUGCCAGAGACUGAUCCUGGGACCUUUUGCUUGCUAAACAGAUGCUCUACCACUGAGACAUGCUUAAAUCUGCAAACAUUUGAAUAUGAAUAAAGCAUCUUUAUAUGAAUAAACCUCUGAACAAGA